AUGAAGAAGGAGGCAGCGGACGACAAUAAGUUAACGAACAAGGAGAUGAACAACUUCCGGCUGAUGACACAGCUAAUAGAACUGAAGAAGCACAAAAAGGCAUUCAAAAUAUGCGAGCAGAUACUGAAGAAGUAUCCUAAAAAUGGAGAGACGCUGGCGGUGAAGGGUUACCUGCUAAAUCUUAUAGAUGAAAAAAACAAAGAGGAAGCCUUUAAGCUUAUUAAGGAAGGAAUAGUAAAUAAUAUAUCGAGCAGUUUCUGCUGGUACUUGUAUGGGUGUCUUUACAAAAUGUAUAAAAAUAAUGAUGAAGCUUUGAAGUGCUACCUUAAGGCGCUCAAGCUUAACCGUUACGACUACAAAGCUUUGAAGGAGGCAUGUGUCCUUCUGCUAUACUUAGGAAGGUAUGAAGAGUUCAAGGAUUUGAGGAUAGAUGUGUAUAAAGAUACCGUCAAGGGGGUAAGAGAUAAGGCCAUGUUAAUUUUUUCGUUUCAUCUCCUGAAGCAGUAUGAGAAAUGCUCCAUUAUAAUUAAUCAGGUGCAGGAUGAGUUAGCCACCAAAGGAAGUGGUAGCCAGAACCCAAUAAAGGGAAACGAUUUGAGUCCUAGUGAAAAACACGAUCUGUUAAUCUACAUGUGUGAAAUCAUGUUGGAAGGGAAGCUUUACACAGAGUGCCUAAAAUUAUUGAAGAAACAUGAGGAACAGCUAGUGGACAAAUUGUGGUAUAACAAAAUCCUCGGUUUGGUGUACCUAUUUCAGGAUAAUUUUGAGGAGGCCAAUUUACAUUUUAGGAAGGCCUUUGAACUGAAUUAUGAAAAUUUAAAUAUCCUUUUGUUGAUUUUGUACACGGAAAGGACGUGCACACUUGAUGGGGGGGUAAGGAAUGGAGAGGCAGAGGAGGAGUCGAAGCAAGGUAGAACACUCUCCAGCUUGUUCUUCCUCGAUUACAAAAAUGAGCACAAAAUGGAUGAACAGGUGAAUGUUGAUGAAAAUGUGAAGGUGUUGCUACACGAAUUCAUUUUAGACAUAUAUGGGUCGAACAGAAAUAUGAAGUUGCUGGCCAGGAAGGAGAAAAACAUCUUCAAUGAUUAUGUGUGUCAUAAUUGGGGAAUGAAAAGGUAUGAUGUGUACACCCUUUCUGAAUUCAACAAUUUUGUUAAUAUAAAUUUGGUCGACAAGGAACAUUUUAAAGAAAAUUUACAUGUACACAAUAUUGAAGAAUAUAUUAACUCGAUGAGGAAAAGUGUCCACAAGGAAAUGAGCAACAUCAGCAAGGGGGACGAUGUGUCCUCGUAUAACAUUAUUCACUGGUCAGAAAAAUUGGGUGUGGACAUACAAUAUAGCUAUAAGAAGAAAUUUGAAAAAUGCAUGAAUAUGAUCCAUUUUUACAAAAUAAAAAAUUUUAACGAGGAAGAGGAAAAUUGCUUUGAAAAUUAUUUUAAAAAUUUACAAAAAAAAUAUAAGCAUUCAAAUUUGUUAAAAAUAUUUCCCCUUUACUUUUACAAUGAGAAAAAAUUUGCCUUUCACGUGGAAAAAUUACUUCGCAGUUUAUGCUUUCAAAAGUGCUUAACCAUUUUCAGCUAUUUUAGGCCUUUCUUUACUUAUAAAAAUUUAAGAAUACUUCUUUUCUUGCUGAACAAAUAUAUUGAAAAUUAUGAGCGCGUGGGGGACAUUCCAUCCUUUGACUGUGGCCCUGCUUGUGGCGAGAUCGGAGGGUGCCACGACUGCUUGGGGGUAGACAUGGGUCAAGCAGGUGAAGAGUCGCUUCAGAAGGAGGCCCAAGGAUGGACCAAGGAGGCCCCUUUUGAAAAGCGAGAAUUCAUGCCUGAGCAAAACCAUGAGGAGAAUCAUAUAAAUGGCGAGGCUAUAAAUGGAGAUCUCCUCACCAGUGACGACAAGAUUCACUUGGAAAAAAGCACCAAUGGGGAAGAGACCCCACAAAUAAGCAGCGAAAAAAAACAUGUGGACAGCUUCCUAGACGAGACGGAAGAAAUGAAAAACAUCAUUGGAAUGGCUACUCCUCUUGGGGUAGGAGCAGGAGCAGAGAAGCCGGGCAAAAAAGACCAAAAUGGAAAAAAAGGAAACGAAAAAGGUAGUGGGAAAAAAGGCACCAAUGAAGGGAAAGAAAAAAAAGAAAUAAAACUGGACUUAAAAAAAGUGACCCUAACAGAGGAGGAAAGAAAGGAAUACUUCAUUUUGUGCAUUUACUCUUUCAUUAGUCAGUUGUAUGACUACAUAAACUGCGCGAAGGAAUCGCUAACUCUUCUCAAGGACAGGUCAAACAAAAUGACCUUUAAAGCAAACGAGUCACUUAAACAAGAAUUACUUUUUAUAAAAGGGUUAAUUUACAAGCGAAACGGAAAUUACCUACAAGCCUAUAGGCAUUUGGAAGAAUGCAGAUUAGCAAAUAUUGGGGACAGGUACAUAAACUCCAAGACGGUUAAAACUUGUUUGAAAUGUGGGCUUAUAAAGGAUGCAAAGAAAAUGGCCUCGAUCUUCACGAACCCAUUGGAUAACAAUUUCAUGAAGAACAUUAACGAAACGCAGUGCUUCUGGUUGGAGUACAGCAUCUCACAAAGCUACAUCAACAACCACCCGAACAUCCACUUGGGAAAGUACCUCACUUUGGGCCCGGACAAAUUGUACGACUUUGGUGAUGUUGAAGAGGAGGGAAGUCAAGAAGGAGGGGAAAACCUAGUGAACGGGUUAAACAAAGGGGAAGAAGCUAUAAAUGGUUCCAAGGAGAACCCAAGCAGUGAGAAGCCAAAACUGAAGCUGCACAAAAGCAUCCUGGUGGACAACGACAUGUUAGGCAGAAACGAAUUUAACGACUACAGCAGAGGACUACACUACCUGCACAUGGGCCACAAGCAAUUCAUAGACAUCCAUGAAGACCAAAUCUGCUUCUACUAUUACACCAUCAGGAAAAUGCUCUACAGAUCCUACAGGCAUUUGCUCUUCCUGACGAGUGAAAUAUUUGCUUCCAGAUUUUACCGCAAAUUUGGAAAGGCGUUAAUUAAGGCGUUAUUACACAUACACGAUUGUGGCUUAUUAAAAAAAAAUGACAUGAAUAAAAAGAGUAAAAAAAAGACUAAACCUAGUGUAGCUACCCAAGAGGAAAGUGAUAUUUAUGAACAUAUAAAAAAUGAUCCUUUGGAAAAUGCUAUGAUGUAUAUGAAAACGUUUCUGUCCCAGCCAAAUGUGGAUUUAUCUGUGUACAAAUUGAAAUUCGAUAUUGAGAGGAGAUCACCUGGCAAAGACUACGCACUCAUGAUCGACACCCUUCUAACGAUGAAGUCCAUAUUUCCGCACCAUAAUUACAACUAUAAAUUUGGCCCAUGCAUUUCGUACUAUUUGUGUACAGUCCGUUUGGAUAGUGCUAGCGAGGAAUCGAGAAAAGAAAUUACAAGCAAGCUAAAUGACCUGUUGGGAUUGAAUCAUUGUGAGUACAGUAGUGAAUUGUUAAAAAAAGUUAGGACACAAUAUAUUGAAGAUUUUGUAAAAUUUUUUAACAAGCAUAAGAAGGGUGACUUGCGUUAUUACCAAUCAGCCUUAGAAAUGUACUUGGAUUGUGGCGAAAAGGUAGACAAGGGGCUUUUGGAAAAAGACAACAUCGACCCCAAGAAGAAUAAACUAACGAGGUGUUUUAAAUUUCUCCGAUUUUUAAUUAAAUGGCAAGGAAUGCAUGUAGAGUUAGUUCCCCUGUUGGACCACUUCAAGACCUGCUGUAGGGAAGCGUUCCCGCUAGCAACGGCAUUCCAGUGA